AUGGGGUUACACUUCAUCUUCCUCAUAAUCAUAAUUCUCUCAUCCACCAUUACUGUUCCUGCUUCAACACCAGAAGCUAAUGCUUUGCUCCAAUGGAAAACCAGCCUCAGAAACCCCAACAAUCCUCUUCUAUCUUCAUGGUCACUGGCUCCUACUUCUAAUAACAUAACCACACCAUGCACCUGGCUCGGUGUUCGUUGCGAUGAUCGUUGGAACGUAAAARRGCUCSAUCUUUCUUCCUCAAGAUUGAACGGAACGCUUCAGAACUUCACGUUUCUAUCGUUUCCGAGCCUUACCCAUCUAGAUCUUCACGAAAACGACAUUUCUGGUGCCAUCCCGACGGAAAUCAAGUAUCUUUCUAAGCUGGUCGUUCUCGAUCUUUCCGGAAAUCGUUUUUCUGGAGCAAUUCCCAYGGAAAUAGGGUUUCUAACAAAUCUUGAGACUCUUUCUUUGAAUAAGAAUCAGUUUAUCGGUCAAAUCCCGCAUUCGUUUGGAAAUCUGAGCAACUUGGGUUAUCUUCGUAUCGAUGAUAAUAAGUUAUCUGGUUAUAUUCCUCCCGAACUCGGAAAUCUGGGGAAUCUAGAGACGAUCAAUAUUUCGUUCAAUUUCCAGAAAGGACCGAUCCCGUCUAGCCUUGGAAAUCUGACGAAGCUGUCUUAUUUGUAUCUUUACCAGAAUAAUCUUUCGGGUUUGAUCCCUCCAUCGUUAGGAAAUCUGAGCUCGUUAAGGAUCAUGUAUAUAUAUAUGAACGAGUUUUCUGGUCGAAUUCCUAAAGAACUAGGAAACUUGAAGUCGUUGGAACAGUUUCUUGUAGGCCAUAAUCAACUCGUUGGUUCCAUCCCGGAUUCGCUCGGCAAUCUGACCAAGUUACAGAUUCUAGAUGUGCACGUAAACUUACUUUCGGGGUUAGUCCCGCCAGAAAUCGGAAAAUUGGAGUCGUUGAUUCAACUAUCCUUGAGCCACAACCAGUUUACCGGUCAAAUCCCGGAUUCACUCGGCAACCUAAGCAAGUUGAAACAGUUUUACGUUAACGAUAACCUAUUUAACGGUUUCAUUCCGAAAGAGUUGGGAAAUUUGAGCUCGCUUGUGGAGCUUUKGMUGGUCACUAAUCGGCUUAAYGGUUCGAUCCCAGAUUCACUCGGUAACCUCAGAAAUCUGGAGCWAUUUGUGCUUCACGACAACCGACUUUCUGGUUAUUUGCCAGAAACGAUAAGCAAAUGCGAAAAGCUAAGAUAUCUGAUGCUAAGUAAUAACUCACUCAUGGGUCCGAUCCAUCCAUCGUUUUGCAGCUUGAGAUCCCUCGAGAUUCUACAUCUCGGGAAUAACCGGUUUAGCGGUCCGCUUCUGCAAUGCUUGGGAAAUUUCAGCCACGAGCUCAAAGUGUUGGAUCUGCGGUCAAAUCGCUUCCACGGAAACGUUCCUGAAACAUUCCUAAAAUGGAAUAACAAUCUGGCGAGUCUSAACUUGAACGGAAAUCRACUUCGAGGCUCGAUACCGAGAAGUUUAAUCAAUUGCCGGAAYCUCGAAGUUCUAGAUUUGGGAAACAAUAUGUUAACAGGAAAAUUCCCGUUCUGGAUCGAUACGCUUCCYGAGCUUCAGGUUCUAGUUUUGCGAGGGAAUAAACUCAAYGGCACAUUAGACGGAUCGACCACUCGAUUUCCGUUUCCGAAGCUMCGAAUCAUUGACCUUUCUAGCAACGAAUUCACRGGUCGUUUGCCAUCGAAUUACUUCAAGAACUUCAAAGCGAUGAUUGGUAUAGAUAGACGGGCAUCGGGACCGCUUUAYAUGGGCGGAGACUUGCAGAUAUACGAACACACCCUCAUGCUUGUGGUAAAAGGAAUCAGACUAGAACUAGAAAGAAUCCUAGUCGUCUACACCACCGUAGAUCUCUCUGUCAACAAAUUCGAAGGAGAAAUUCCUGACACCAUCGGAAAGCUAAGUUCACUUCGGCUCCUGAAUCUAUCCCAUAACGGUCUCACCGGAGAAAUUCCGACACUCCUUAGAAAUCUAACAAGUCUAGAAUCUUUAGAUCUUUCGUGGAACAACAUCGUUGGCGAAAUCCCGUUACAACUAAGGAGUCUGACGUUCCUUGCAGUCGUAAAUUUUUCCCAAAAUCAGCUUCAAGGCCCCAUACCUCAAGGCGGACAAUUCAGUACGUUUCUAAACGCUUCAUAUCAAGGGAACGAUGGAUUAUGCGGAUUCCCGUUGACGAACAACUGUGGAGAYGACGAGGUGCCGAUCUUUCCGACACCUGAAGAAAACGACGAUUCUAGUUUCUUUAACGGGUUUUCUUGGGAAUCUGUUGCUUUGGGAUAUGGAGUCGGGAUGUUAAUUGGAUCGGGUAUCGGAUGGCUUAUGUUUUAUUCAGGAAGGCCUAGAUGGGUUAUCAGGAUCGCUGAAAGAGAACAAUCCCGAUACAAAAGAAAAUAAAGAAUGAGUCCCGGGAUUUCGGGAUUUGCGGCCACAAGAGCUUCUAGGCACAAACAGCUUUUCCCGAGUUUAUGAUGUUAAUCUGACCGAAAAAUCAUUAGCUCAGUAGAUUCUAACCUCCUUAAAGGUCAGGGGUUUAAGUUAUGUAAUGUGUGUGUGAGUUUUAGCGCAUAUAAAUAUUCAACAAGUUAAUCUG